AUGUCAUCGAUCAAGCCCCAGACGGCUCCACCUCCAACUUCGCAUGUUGGUCUAUCCUAUCCCGCCGACCAUGUCCUACUCGUCACGAUCAAUCGGGAAAGACAGAUGAACAGCAUCCCGUUUGAGGGUCAUCUGGAGAUGGGACAAGUGUUCGAAUGGUUCGACCACGAGCCGAAUCUACGCGUCGCCAUUGUUACUGGCGCGGGUAAGAAGAGCUUUUGUGCUGGACAGGACCUGAUACAGCUUGGCAAGAUUCGGAGCGGGGAAUUGAAGCUGAGCCCUGGGCUCAUGAGGCAUCCGCUGAGUGGAUUCGGCGGUCUGAGCCGCAGGAUGGGUAAGAAGCCAGUUAUUGCGGCUGUCAAUGGGUUUGCACUCGGAGGCGGUUUCGAGAUAGUUUUGGGCUGCGACAUGGUCGUGGCUGCACCACAUGCGAUUUUCGGUCUUCCAGAGGCUCUGCGCGGCAUCUUCGCGGGUGCAGGAGGCCCGGCACGCCUCGUCCGCAACGUCGGCAUGCCCAUAGCGACUGAGAUGGCUUUGACUGGCCGACCCAUAACUGCGCAGCGGGCCAAAGAGCUCAAUCUCGUAAAUCGCAUCUCGUCGACUCCGGAAGGUGUCGUGGACGAGGCUCUGAAGCUGGCGAAUGAGAUUGCAGCUAUCUCACCGGAUUCCGCCAUCGUUACUCGCGCAGCGUUAAGGGAAGCCUGGGAAACUGGAAGCGUCGAGCGUGCGACGCAGUUGACAAUGGAGCAGUACAAUGGCCGUCUCAAUACAAGUGAAAAUGCAUUGGAGGGGCUAAACGCUUUUGCUGAGAAGCGGAAACCGAAUUGGAAGCCUUCCAAGCUGUAG